AUGAAGUUCACCAGCGCAAUCCUUGUUCUCAGUGUCGCGGCACUCAGCAGCGCCCGCGUCCUUUACGUGCGCCAGGCCAACUCGCAAUCCUUCACCGGCGCUCUCGGUGGCAUUAAAGCAACUCCUAUCGUCGACUCGGGCAACGAGGACCGACCGUUCCAGGUCAAGGAUGCUACAUUUGUGAACAUUGGGGCUGCACUGCAGCGCUCGUGCGAUCAGCAGUUCAAUGCAUGUGCCAAUGCUGCGAAUGGAGGGACUGGAGACUUCUCUACCCAGGAGUGCCAGGCACAGAAAGAUGAGUGCUCGGCGGCAGGUGCUGCUAACUAG